UGAGUUUAUGAAGAUCCAUCUGUUGUCUCCCACUUUGACAAACAAAUAUGGGUUGUUGUAUCACAACAUCACAAUAAGAGGCAAAUGCUCUUAGAUCUUCUUGGUUCUAAAAACAACAGCAGUGAUGAGGAUGACCUAGCAUUACAGCUCUACCAAAGUUUGAAGGGUCAAGGGUACUUUGUAGUGAUGGAUGAUGUAUGGAGCAGAGACUCAUGGAAUGAUGUUAACUCUUGCUUUCCAGAUGAUAUAAAUGGGAGUCGAGUAUUGUUGACUACUCCCGUAGCAGAGGUGGCUACUUGUAUUGGCUCUAACAAUCACUUCUCCCAUCAAAUGCAGUUCUUAGACCAAAGUGAAAGUUGGGAAUUAUUUCAUAAAAAGGCAUGCAAAUCUCAUGGUGUUGAAUUUGAGACAAUUGGGAGGCCAAUUGUUGAGAAAUGUAAAGGACUGCCAUUGGCAAUUGUUGUGAUAGCAGGUUUAUUUUCAAAACUCAAUAUAGUAGAUGAGUGGAAGAAAACUGCUAAUGCUCUAAUAAGUUCUUCAACAUCAACUCUAGAUGAUGAAGAAUGUCGAAGAAUCCUCUCAUUGAGUUAUAAUCACUUGCCCUAUAAUUUGAAAGCUUGUUUUUUAUAUUUAGGAGUUUUUCUAGAAGAUUAUAAGAUCAAUGCUAACAAGCUUGCAAGAUUAUGGGCUGCGGAAGGAAUUGUAAAGGCAUUCAAGAAUGAGAGUUUUGAAGCGGUGGCUAAAAGGAAGCUGAGGUUUGAUUUUAUGAAAUCUGAGUGGAAGGCAAUUAAUGUUUUGAGCAAGUUACCAAGGCUUGAGGUGCUCAAGUUAGUAAACGCUGACCUUGGCAAAAAGUGGGAACUACCAGUGAAUGUAAAAUUCUGCCACUUAAUUUGUUUGAAAAUUUGGUCUCCUAAUCUCAAGCAUUGGGAAGUUGGUGCUGAUAAUUUUCCAAAACUUGAGCGCCUAUUCCUUAACACAUGCUUUGAAUUGAGAGAGAUCCCAAAUAGCUUUGCAGAAAUUCCAACAUUGAACUUAAUCCAUUUAGAGAGGUGUCAUCCUUCUGCAGUGAUGUCAGCCAAGCAAAUUCAGGCUGAGCAGCAUGACUAUGGAAAUGAGAAUAUGGUUGUCAUUGAGAUAAACACAACACAGCCUAGCUCUCUUGAAGAUGACUCCGAUGAAGGCGAGUUUGAUGAAGAUGAAGAGUAG